AUGAAGACGGAUUUUAAGUUCUCCAACUUGCUGGGGACGGUAUACUGCCAGGGGAAUCUUCUGUUCAGUCCCGACGGAACUCAUCUAUACUCUCCUGUUGGCAAUAAAGUCACUGUCUUCAAUCUCGUCGACAACAAGUCUUACACCCUCCCGUUUGCCCACCGGAAGAAUAUCUCGAGGAUAGGCUUGACCCCGCAGGGCAACCUCCUCUUAUCGAUCGACGAAGAUGGCCAAGCCGUUCUAACUCACGUUCCACGCCGAGUGGUAUUAUACCACUUCUCCUUCAAGUCGCGCGUGACGGCGCUUUCCUUCUCUCCCUCGGGACGAUACUUUGUGGUUGGACUGGGGAGGAAGAUCGAGGUCUGGCACGUUCCGUCGACACCAGACUCCAACGCCGCCGGCGACCUCGAGUUUGCGCCCUUCGUGCGCCACCACACCCACACACAACACUUUGACGAUGUCCGACAUAUCGAAUGGUCGAGCGACUCUAGGUUCUUCCUCAGCGCUUCAAAGGACCUAACAGCAAGGAUAUGGAGUCUCAACGCCGAGGAGGGCUUCACGCCCACGGUUCUGUCAGGUCACAGGCAGGGAGUGGUGGGCGCCUGGUUCUCCAAGGACCAAGAAACAAUCUACACUGUCAGCAAAGAUGGAGCCGUCUUUGACUGGCAGUAUACCACAAAACCCGGCCACGACGAGGACGAGAUGGUGGACGAAUCGGAUAUGCAGUGGAGGAUUGUCAAUCGGCACUACUUCAUGCAAAACUCCGCCACCCUCCGAUGCGCCGCCUUUCACCCGGAAUCAAAUCUGCUCGUUGCCGGUUUCUCGAAUGGCAUAUUUGGGCUGUACGAAAUGCCAGACUUCAACAUGAUCCACACGCUCAGCAUCUCGCAGAACGAAAUCGAUUUUGUGACGAUCAACAAGAGCGGAGAGUGGCUGGCAUUUGGAGCCUCAAAGUUGGGCCAGUUGCUGGUGUGGGAGUGGCAAUCCGAGUCGUACAUCCUAAAACAACAGGGGCACUUCGACUCGAUGAACGCCCUCGUCUACUCCCCCGACGGCCAGCGGAUCGUCACGAUAGCGGACGACGGCAAGAUCAAAGUCUGGGAUAUCGAGUCCGGGUUCUGUAUAGUCACAUUUACCGAACACACGAGUGGCAUAACGGCUUGCGAGUUUGCGAAGAAGGGCAACGUCCUCUUCACGGCGAGUUUGGACGGGUCGAUCAGGGCGUGGGAUCUUAUCAGAUACAGGAAUUUCAAGACCUUCACCGCCGCUGAGAGGUUAUCCUUUUCUUGCAUGGCGGUCGACCCAAGCGGUGAAGUGGUUGCUGCAGGUUCGAUCGACUCGUUCGACGUUCACAUCUGGUCGGUCCAGACCGGGCAGCUGCUUGAUCGGCUUUCGGGCCACGAGGGCCCAGUUUCGUCUCUUGCGUUUGCCCCGAACGGCGGCCUACUAGUCAGCGGCAGCUGGGACAGGACGGCGAGGAUCUGGUCGAUUUUCAACCGGACACAAACCAGCGAGCCCCUGCAGCUUCAAUCAGACGUUCUAGACAUUGCGUUCAGGCCCGACUCGCUCCAGAUUGCGAUCUCCACACUUGACGGCCAACUUUCAUUCUGGUCUGUCUCGGAGGCGCAGCAAAUAUCUGGUGUUGACGGCCGCCGUGACGUUUCAGGAGGUCGCCGGAUCACAGACCGCAGGGCUGCUGCGAACGUGGCUGGAACCAAGAGCUUCAAUACCAUCCGUUACAGCAUGGACGGGUCUUGCCUCCUGGCCGGCGGGAACAGCAAGUACAUCUGCUUGUACUCCGUGACGACCAUGGUGCUCCUCAAGAAGUUUACCGUCAGCGUUAACCUGUCUCUGUCGGGCACCCAGGAAUUCCUCAACAGCAAGAUGCUCACAGAAGCGGGACCCUCCGGGUUGUUGGAUGAGCAGGGCGAGGCGUCAGAUCUGGAAGACCGGAUUGACAGGUCAUUGCCCGGCUCGAAACGCGGCGAUCCCUCGGCAAGGAGGGGAAAACCAGAAGUGAGGGUAACUGGCGUGGCAUUUUCACCAAGCGGAACAUCAUUCUGCGCUGCGUCGACAGAAGGCUUGUUGAUCUACAGCCUUGACAGCACCGUGCAGUUCGACCCGUUCGAUUUGAACAUGGAAAUCACGCCAGCGUCAACGCUUGCCGUACUCGAGCAGGAGAAGGACUACCUUAAGGCGCUAGUCAUGGCCUUCCGCUUGAACGAGGCCGGUCUAAUCCAGCGCGUCUUCCAGGCCAUCCCCUACACGGAUAUUGGACUAGUUGUUGAGCACUUUCCCACAGUGUAUGUGGCGCGCCUCUUGCGUUACGUAGCAGCCCAAACGGAGCAGUCACCACACGUCGAGUUCUGCCUGCUCUGGAUCAAGGCACUGGUGGACAAGCACGGUGCGUGGCUGACAGCCAACCGAGGCAAGGUCGAUGUGGAGUUGCGUGUUGUGGCGCGGGCCGUGGCCAAAAUGAAGGACGAGAUCAGGCGGCUGGCCGAUGAGAAUGUUUACAUGGUGGAUUACCUCAUCGGGCAGGCGAAAGACAAGCGGGCUGGUGACACUCCGGACGGAAUCGAGGGCCUUGAGGUGAAGGCGUUGCCAUCUACGACAAAGGAGGUGACAAUAGAUGACAUGAUGCGCGAAGACGCCAGUGAGGAGGAGUGGAUUGGGCUAGAAUAA